AUGGUAGCUGUGCCCACUUGCUCCAGCUCCCAAACUGCAUUUACAGCUGAACUUCCUAACAAUCCAGGUGCACCAUCGACUGAAACCAAGCUGAUAUGCAACAUUGUGACCGAGGUGUGUUUGGAUGGUACCUCUUCGUCUGUCUUCAGGACCAGAAGACAGACUAUCUUGGAGCUUGAUCCUGUCGAUAGUGUUUCCCUGUGUUUAGCGUAUUGGAAACUGGGAACUUCACCAGGGCUGUCUCUGUCGCCGACCUCCGGGACCAGGAAGAGCCACCACAUCACCGGCAGCAGGAGAUAUGACAAAAGAAAAUUAGAGGAAGUCCAUAAACCAGCUCAGAUAUGGAUAAGGUAUUUCUUAAGAAAAAAAAUCCAAAAGCCAUCUAAUUACUUCACUGUCAGAAGACAGGCUCUCUUUAGUCAUCCUUAUACUCCUAAAACCCAUCCUGAAAAGUCAGAAGAUUCCAAGAAAAAUACUGGCCCACAGGAAAAAACACCAGAAUCCAAAGAAACAGCAAAUAAUGAAAAACCUAGAAGAGAAAACAAAACUCCAUCAAAAUCAUCACAUGAAAGUGAACUAUCUAAGAAGUUGAAGAACAAAUCAGAAACAAACCCAGAAUCCAAAGAUUCUAAGGCAGUCUUAAUGAAGGAUCGAAGAAAACGUAAGAGAUAUUUAAAAAAUUUCAAGACAAAUAUUGAAUCCAUAUGUACCCAAAAGGAUUCUAAGAGCUCAGAGAACAGUUCUGAUGCCAAAUCUGAGGCCUGCUCAAACAACAGUGAAAAUAUAGAUUUAAUGAUAUCUUUAGAGGAGUCUGGUGCUGAAUCCAUGGAAUUUGAUAUGUGGUUGAAGAACUGCUCACAGAAUAAUUCAAAGAAGCCUUCAAAGAAGGAAGCAAGUAAAAGCUCUGAUACUGAUUCUGUAGAUUCAAAAGAUGGAAAGAAGGGUAAAAAAAGUAAAAAGAAAUCCAAAAAGAAAGAUUCAAAGAAGGACACAGAGUCUACUGAUGAAUCUGAUGUUUCAAAGGAUGAAAAGAAAGGCUCAAAGAAGGCUAAGAAAGAUUCAAAGAAAAGUGACAAAAAGAGAGAAUCAAAGAAGGACACAGACUCUACUGAUGUAGAAUCUGGGUCUGAAUCAGAUGCAAAAAAAAGUAAGAAAGGUUCAAAGAAUAAGAAAAGUUCAAAGAAGGAUGACAAGAAAAAGGAUGCCAAGAAGGACACAGUGUCAACUGAUGCCGAUCCUCAAUCUGAAAGGAUUUCAAAAGAGGGUGGAAAAGAUGAAAAGAUGCCUAAGAAAAUGUCAAUAAAAUUUGAAAAAACGAAGUCGUCUGCAAUAAAGUCUGAAGAGACUACUGAAACUGAAUCUGAUUUGGAUAUGAAAAGGUCUAAGAGAGGUUCAAAGAAAAUUUCCAAGAAGCAGGAUUCAAUGAAGAAGAUAGAGUCUACUGAUACUGAAUCUGAUGAGUCUUCAAAGAAAGACCUCAAGAAACCUGGAUUCAUCAAAAGUUCCGAUGCUGAGUCUGAUGAUUCAAUGUAUAAAUAUGGGGCUAAAAAGAAAGGAGCUCAAGAAUCAGAUGCCACAUCUUCAGAUUCAAAGAAGGGAGCACUGGAACCCUUCUUUGGGAAGGGAAGCAAAAGAGCAUCAUUCAGAAAGACUACAUUCAAAGGAAAAGAAAAAGCAGUUAGGUGUAGAGUUCUUUCAUCAAGAAGAAGUCCUCCACUACUAGCGACUCCUUGUGAGCCUAUUAUACUAUCACCUAAGAUCAAACGUCAAUGUCAUUGCAAGAGGCAUCCUCCAUCUCCAAAACCAAGAUAUGCUCCUUUGCCUGAAGCAAAGUGGAUUCAAAAGCUGCUCUGAAGAACAAUUGAGCGCUUUGUUUCACAGAAUGACCUUACCACAGUAAACUCCAGUUACUCUCAAAUGAGCAUUUCUACUUCUGUGGGACUGUAAUAAAUAAAAACAAGUCUUCUGUGAGUACCAGGAUCUGAUUCUUUUUUGCAUGUAAUUUACAGAGGUGCUUUAUAGAAGUGUUUGCUUAAUUUAUUAAAUGUCUGAACCAAAAUACUGCAGCAUUUUACCCCAUGUUCUGAAGCUUCAGUUUAGAAACUGUUUAUGAGUUUAGAUUAAAACUUAGUGAUCUUCCUUUAGAUGCACUUACUGUGUUGAAUUUCUCUUUUAUGUAUCAUUAAGAAAGAAUAAAUACAAUGGAAGGAAGUAAACAAAUCUUUCACAGCCUUAAAAGAAAUAGAAUUCUAUGUAUAUAGUAAUUCUCAUUUCCCACAAAUGUAUAUAGAGUUCUCAAUG